CGACAGAACUCCUCUUUUGCUUUGUGUCUGCAGAGGGAAAGGCGUGAAGGAGUGAUCACAGUGGGAGAAAGGAGUUACUAGAUCCUGAAGAUGCUUGUAAAAGUUGGAUUUAUCUGCAAAGCUUGCAAUGCUUGAGAACUGCCACUGACGGACCAACUUUUACCUCUAAAACUUUCUGCAGCAUUUCCUACAUUUCCCUUCCCCCUUUCACAGUGCUUAGGUGACCUUUUUGAUUGUACAGUUUUAUACUGUGAAACUAAAACCAAGCUCUGACGUUUGGGGGUGUGUGGUAGCUCCAGACCAUGCUCUCCCUGUGGUUGUUCCUGCUCCCUUGCCUGAGCCUUGUGCCUCUGGCCCCGGCCGAGAAGGGCCUGGAGUUCCCACAGUAUGAUGGGAAAGACCGUGUCCUAGAUAUCAAUGACAAGAACUACAAGAAAGCCUUGAAGAAGCACAACAUGGUGUGUUUGUUCUACCAUGGGCCCAUACCAGACAGCAAGGAGCAGCAAAAACAACACCAGAUGACUGAGUUGGUGCUGGAGCUUGCAGCUCAGGUUAUGGAAGAGAAAGACAUUGGGUUUGGGAUGGUCGACUCCCACAAAGAUGCAAAAGUGGCAAAGAAACUGGGCCUGGAGGAGGAGGGCAGUGUGUAUGUUUUUAAGGCUGAUCGGGUGAUCGAGUUUGACGGCUUGCUCUCUGCUAACACCCUGGUGGAGUUCUUGUUGGACCUGUUGGAGGAACCAGUGGAGGUGAUAGGAAAUGCUCUGGAGCUGAGAGCCUUUGAUAGGAUGGAGGAAGACAUCCGCCUCAUUGGCUACUUCAAGAACGAGGACUCUGAGCAUUAUGAAGCGUUUAAAGAAGCAGCAGAGCAGUUCCAGCCCUACAUGAAGUUCUUUGCCACAUUUGAGAAAUCUGUUGCCAAGGAGCUGACUCUGAAGUUGAACGAGGUGGAUUUCUAUGAGCCCUUCAUGGAGGAACCAGUCACCAUCCCAGGCAAGCCUCACUCUGAGGAGGAUCUGGUGGAAUUCAUAACUGAACACAGACGACCAACUCUGAGAAAGCUGCGUGCAGAAGAUAUGUUUGAGACCUGGGAGGAUGAUAUUGAGGGCAUCCACAUUGUUGCUUUUGCAGAGGAGGAGGACCCGGAUGGUUACGAGUUCUUGGAGAUCCUGAAGGAGGUGGCCAGAGACAACACCAACAUACCUGAACUCAGCAUCAUCUGGAUUGACCCUGAUGACUUUCCCCUGCUGAUCCCCUACUGGGAGAAGACCUUCAAGGUGGACCUGUUCAGACCGCAGAUUGGAGUUGUCAAUGUUACAGAUGCAGACAGUGUGUGGAUGGAGAUGGACGAUGAAGAGGAUCUGCCCACCCCCCAGGAGCUGGAGGAUUGGAUCGAGGAUGUGCUCUCGGGCGCGGUCAACACUGAGGAUGAUGAUGAUGUUGAAGACGACGACGACGACGACGAUGAUGAUGACGACGACGACGAUGACGACGACGAUGAUGAAGAUGAUGAAAAUGAUGUUGACGAUAAUGAUGAGGAGGAUGAUGGUGACAAUGAUGACGAAGAGGAUGAAAACGAGGAUGAUGAUGAUGAUGAUGAUGAUGAUGAUGAUGACGACGACGAUGAUGAUGAUGAUGAUGAUGAUGAUGAUGAUGAGUAAUCCAUUGCCUGAGAAUAGUAAACGUUGAUUCUUCAGUUUUUAUUCUUCAGGCUGAGUUAAACAGGGAUUCUAGACAAACUAUUGUACUGUAAAAUAACUUUUCACUAAGGAAUAAUUCCAAAUUUGUACCGACUAUGUCCCUCCUUAUAACAAUAACAACAAUGAUAAUAAUAAGUCUAUUUAAUAUUCAAUUCAUGUCAUUUUCUGACAAUGUAAAUAAGCCUGGAAUGGGUUUUGGGAUUUAAAAUAAAAGAUUUAUGUUCUUAAAUGUCUGGUUCAGACAUUUACCUCACAUUACAUUCAUUUAUAUAUAAGUACUGUAUAUAAAUGCUUGUUAAUAAAGGACUGUUGAUGUCAA